GUUUCCGGCCAAAAAAGAAGAACGCAAAGAAGACAUCCAAGCAAACUUCUCUUCUUGGCUCUCUUUCCCCGUUUGCACUUCAAACAAGUGAGUUGUGUUUCAUUUUAGUGCUGCCCUCGUUUCGUGUCGCCAGACUUAAAAAAUGCGUUACGUGGCUGCAUACCUUUUGGCUGUCCUCGGCGGAAACGCCGCUCCGUCGAACGCCGACAUCGAGAAGAUCCUGAGCUCGGUCGGUAUCGAGGCUGACUCGACCCGCGUCACCAAGGUGGUCAACGAGCUGAAGGGCAAGUCCGUCGAGGAACUGAUCGCUUCCGGCCGCGAGAAGCUGUCCUCGAUGCCGUCCGGUGGUGCUGCCCCGGCCGCUGCUGGUGGUGCCGCCCCGGCUGCCGCCGCCGAGGAGAAGAAGGAGGAAAAGAAGAAGGAAGAGUCCGAAUCCGAGGAGGAUGACGACAUGGGCUUCGGUCUCUUUGAAUAAGGGAUUUCCCCGUGGCCACAUCGCCGGAUGGCUGCUGGUUGCGGUUGCGAUGGCGUUUUUGUCCCCGAAAGGGGCAGGACGGCACUGUUCCGUGCUGCGGUUCCGGAAGUGUACAAAUUAUUUAUUUCUAUGAAAUAAAUGCCAAAAUAAAAAGCAAGAAAAAGAAGGGGGAAACUCCGACCAAAAAAAUUGA